AUGUUAAAUCAAAACUUAGUUAUUUUAAUUUGUCUUUUGAUUCUCUUUUUCGUACUUUUAACUUUAGGGAAAUUUGUCAUGUUCUUAUCUUCUCAUACUUCAUUAUCCAAUUCACACUCUCUUAGAAACCAUGAUCCACCAUGGAUUUCUUUGAUUCAGAAUGUGGGAUUACUUAGCAUUUUUAUGCUGCAGCAUACUUUUCAAGCUAAGAAGGCCAUAAAGAAAUUAUUGCACCAUUUGAACUGUGAUGUUUCUGAACGAUUACUUUAUAACAUAGGAUCCUGCAUUGUUCUUCAGGUAGUGAUGUAUUUCUGGCAACCGGUUCAGAGCUGUACAUUAUGGCAAAUACCUACUUCAAAUCAUCCGCUUGCUUGGUGGUUUUUUACUUUAGUUCAUACCAUUUCUUGGUUGAUCAUUUACAGUGGGUGCUAUAUAAUGGAUCUGACUGAACUUUUAGGAAUAAAACAGGUGUAUCAUCAUUUUCAGCAUUGGCCCAAACCAUUGUGCCAAAAAUCCGAGGGCCUCCAGCGUAUUUAUCGACACAUGCGCCAUCCGGGGUUCUCUACUCUACCUGUGAUAAUGUUUGUUCAUCCCGUUAUGCAGUUGGACAGGUUGCUCCUUGCAUUCAUCUUAACAAUUUACAUGAUUUUGCAAUUCAAAGUUGAUGAUAUCGACUAUGCAUAUCAGAAACGAAUGCUCCAGCGGAAGGUUCGCGAUCUGAGUACUGUAAAUUGAUCUUGAUUCUUUUGAAUGCUUCUGUGAUAUCAUCAGUCUCAUAACAAAAAGAUCA